AUGCCCGAAUGCGAAAAAGUAUUUCCUCACGAGUAUUCAUCGUCGGCCAACCAUCUGAUUCCGACGACCACCAGCUCGAGCAAUAAAAACGAGAGAAACCUUCUUGCAACGGAUAUCAUGAAUACUUCAAGUAAGAAACAAAAAUUGAAUUCUUGCAUGGAUGAAAUUAAUGAUGACGAACAAGCCACGAUGAUGACCAACAAUAUGAUUAAAUCAUCAACAGUUACAUUUUCUCAGCUUCCAUACGAAAUUUAUGUACACAUGAUGGAAUUUCUGGAUAUUGAUGAUGUAUUGACUUGCUCCUUGAUCAAUUUGCGUUUUAACGAAAUUUGUAACUGUAAUGUCGUGUGGAGAAAGAAAUGUCAAGAUGUGUUUUUGAUUCCAAACGUGGUAUUUGAACAAAAAGGGAUACUUUCGGCUAUCGAAACGCGAACUCAUGCCAAUCUUGGGAAUGACAAUAUGACUACACUCGAAGCAGACGAGCAAGAAUUGACAGACAUGAUGACCAUUACACCUCCUCCACUUUCAGAACUAUUUAUUUCUCCAAAUUCAGUUUCUUCCUCAAAAGAAUUUGAUCCUAUUUUGGAUAAAAUGAAUAUGAGACAAUCAGAGCGAAUUGAAGAUUUGUUGACCAAUGUCUUUGGGCCUGAAAACAAGCAUAGAUGGUGUAAAAUGUUAUUUAUUCAAUAUUUUAAAACCUACGUUCGUGGGGUGGUAAGCAACAAGCAAGAUUUUCAAAAGGCAUGUGAAGUAUUUCGCAAAAUGAAGAGGCUGGUCAACCAACUCGAAUACUACUUAGGUUAUCAUUCACCAAAAAUUUAUGCCUCUCUCUUUAUCAUUGAAUCAACUCCUAACAUGUUUGAGUACAUUGAAUCUCAAAAAACAAUACUACAGAAGGAUUUUAAGGAUCUACCUUUAGAAUUCAAAUACUUGUACUUGCUUACAGACGGCCAAAGAGGUUUGAAAAGCAAAUCAUUAGGUCUCUUUGGAAUGUAUGAAUUUUAUUCAUAUCUUGCUGCAUUACCGUUUAUCAGUCUCCGAACAAACUGUAAAUACCUCGAGGAAUUUAGAAGUCAAGAGUACGAAUUGGUUGACUCUACCGUACCUUUUAUCAUUAGCUCUAACGUGAAUAUUCUAAUUGUGACAAAGCCCUUCACAUGCUCAAAUUAUAGCUAUCUCCCUGGAAAUGUCAUUCAACUCACAGCUCAAGGAAUUCCAUUUGUAUUGCAUCAGUCUUUCGCAGAGUGGUUUGAAACUUAUGUUGUAAACUUGACAGUGAAAGAAUUGUUCGAUAUCGAAGAGAGUGGAGCAAUUAAUAGAUUUUUCAACUCACAAUUCGGAUCAGAAACCAUCACCAAUGGAGUGAAAAUUACAUGUCAAUCCCUUCUAAUACCUGAAAUGACACAAAUCACUGAAACCGAAAGUCUUUAUCAUUUUUCAUAUCGUGUGAAAAUUACUAUGGAUAAGGACGAAACAAACGACAAAUCGUGCCGCCUUCAAUCAAGGCAUUGGGAAAUAUUCGAAGGAGGGGAUAUGGAAAAUGAAGAACCAGAAGUUGUAGAUGGCCCAGGAGUAGUGGGAUUAUUUCCAAAAGUGGUACCUGGAUCUGUAUUUUCAUAUUGCUCCUGUACUCAAUCAUCAUCAGAAAUUGGAUACAUGAGAGGAUUUUUUGUCAUGCAAAAACUGAACGAUGGAACAAUUUUCAAUGCAAUGAUUGAUCCCUUCCCAAUUUCUAUUCAAUAUCAUGUUUAG